CAACGUAGCUCUGCGUCGCGACACACACUCGGAGUCCCAAAAUAACUUUACCCACCUAGUUGCGUGACUUUUUUUAUAACCCACCGUGAGUUAGAUUUUUUUUAAAGCACCAGUUCUAAAUGGCUAGUCCAGGUUCGGAUGCAGGACGGAAUCUUCCUCUACAGCCUCCUCAUCACUGUCAUCACACCGAACCGGCACCCGAACCUGCUGUCCGCGAGGCGCAGCGAUGGAUAGAGGCAGUGACCGGAAGGAGUUUUGGUGACAAAGACUUCAGAGGUGGACUCGACAACGGCAUUCUACUGUGCGAACUGCUGAGCUCAAUCAAACCGGGUCUUGUGAAGAAGAUAAACAGGCUGCCCACUCCUGUAGCUGCCCUGGAUAAUGUGGCGCUCUUCCUGAAGGGUUGUGAGCAGUUGGGUUUGAAGGGCUCUCAGCUGUUUGAUCCUGGAGAUUUGCAAGACACCUCCACACGCACCUACAAAGGUCCAGACAGCAACAAGAAGAUUAAACAUGUUUUAAUCACUGUCUACUGGCUGGGUCGAGCAGCUAAUAGCAGUGCCACAUAUAACGGGCCCACCCUGGACCUGCACGAGUUUGAAGGGCUGCUGUCACAGAUGAGAAAGGAGGCAGAGGAGUGGGACAGCCUGAAGCGUAGCAUCAGGGACAGUGGUUAUAUAGACUGCUGGGAGUCCGAGCGCAGUGACUCUCUGUCUCCAUCAAGACACCCUCGAGACGACUCGUUCGACAGCCUGGACUCCAUCGGCUCCCGUUCCCGCCAAACCCCCUCGCCCGAUGGCCUGCUUGCCCAAGGCUACAGUGAUGGCCACGGCAGCGACUCGGAGAGCGAUGCCCCCCAGCGGAAGAUACCGGAUGUGCGUAAGGAUGACAUGCUGGUGCGGCGAACCUCCUACAGUGAGCCGCGAAACGCCGUUCCAUUCAACCAGUACCUGCCCAACAAGAGCAACCAGAGUUCAUUCAUGCCAACACCAGCGCGACGACUGCAUGCCGACAGAGAGAACAACCGCAAGAGCUGGAGUAAUGCAACCUCACCUGUCGGAGGAGAGAGACCCUUCAGAUUCAGCCGCUCAUCUAGUGUGUUUGAUGAUCCUGAGAGCGUGAGUAUGUUUGACAUGAGAAGUGAUGAAGACUCCAUGUUAACGCCCCACAGUCAAGUUCGACAUGAGUUGAUGCAUAACCAGUACAACAGGUUGAAAGAGGAAGAAGACCACUGGCAAGAUGAUCUGGCCAGGUGGAAGAGUCGAAGGAGGAGUGUUUCUCAGGACCUGAUCAAGAAAGAGGAGGAGAGGAAGAUGAUGGAGAGAUUACUGAGUGGAGAUGAAGUGUCACAGAGAAGGAAGAGUAUCAAGACAUACCGAGAGAUAGUGGAGGAGAAGGAGUGUCGCGAGCGAGAGCUACAUGAGGCAUUCCGGAACGCCCGAACGCCGGAGGAAGCUGCCACCGUUCUGCAACGCUAUGCCCAGCGCUUCACAAUCAGCGAGGCUGUUCUCGAGCGCCUAAAACUCCCCAAGCUUCUGGAGAGGAGUGUGUCAGCCGACCCCACUCGUCUCACCUCCAUUCCCACCUCCUUAGACAUCUCUGCUUUCAGCUCCUCCACAAACCCGCUGCAGUACCUGCGGCAGCUGUCACUCCCCAUACCCAAGUUCACAUCCACAGUUGAGACUCGUGUAACGGGAUAUGGCAUAGAGCAGGGAACCGUGGGAGAUACAGAGAGCGUCUCAGGUCCAGUUCGUUCACGCGUGACAGUGCCCUCAUUGGGUCCAAAACCAUAUAGACAGAGCAGAAGUGGCAACACUGGGAUGCGGACAGCUAAGGUGGAUGAAAUGACAAGAGUGAAUGGAGAGAGGGAGGAUGACGUCUGCAGCAUUGAGGAGGAGGGAGGACCACAGAGAGACAGAGAGGAGGAGGAACAUUCUCUGCAGUUCUUUCCUUCUCCCUCCCAGCACACGGAGAUCACAGAGACUGAUGUUUCGGGAGUUCAGCCCAUGGAAACACUCUCGUCCACACACAUGCCUGAGCCAGAUCACUGGAAGGAAGAUAGAGAGAUGACAGAGAUGGACAAAAGAGGGACAGUCCUGCAGGUCAGAGAAGCCCAUUCAUCCCCCAAAGUGUUGGAGCCCAAAACGGAUAAGACAGUAGCAGGUCAAGGGCAGUCCUCUGAAGAUCAGACGUGUAUGAUCACAGAAUCAACUGAGGUGAUCCAGAGUGAGUUUGUACAGGAUGUGAUUCAAACUGACCUCUCUGCUACACAGGUCAAUAAACAAGCAAUUGAGUCCCCACAGAAGUCAACAAAUCAGCCAGAAGCAUCCAUCCUUUCAUCAUAUAGAACCACACCAGCGAGCGGCACACCUACAACAGAGCUGUCUGACACUGCCCAGUUUACAUCGUUGUCCAGUAACCUUAAAUUGCGCAGAGAUUUCUUCACCCCAUCAGAUAUGGCUGAGAAAGCUCAAGUAAAUGUCCCUCCUGCAGUGCAGAAUAUGGUGAAUCGAGGUGAGCACUUUUCUUGGAGCCCCGAGGAAGAGCGCAAACGUCAAGAGAGGUGGCAGCGAGAGCAGGAGCGCAUGCUUCAGGAGAAAUAUCAGUGUGAACAGGAGAAGUUAAAGCAUGAAUGGGAGCAGGCUCAGAAGGAGGUGGAAGAGGAGGAGAGGAGGUACCAUGAGGAGGAGCGGAAGAUUCUGGAAGAGACUGUGACCCCUCUGACCCCUCACUCACCGAUCACACCAUCAGCCCUUCCCAGUACCCACAGCACUUUACACUCCCAGUGGGAAUCCAGACAGAAUCAGAUGAUCUCAGAGAACUGCAGACAAAGGGAAAACGGCCUCAGUGACGCAGCCCAGAGCAAGACGGAGUGUUUACAGAUGACAGCAAGUUCUCCGCUGCAAAGUUGUGGGUCAGUGGGUCAGUCAUGUGGCCAGAGAGGACCAGACCAGAGCCAAGAAAAGCAGGCAACACUACAGCAUUGUGAAGAUGUGCCACUGGGCAAUAGACAACAACAGCAGCAGAGUGAGACCUUAAAAAAGAAUACAUCACAGACAAAACCUGGUGGACGCAGGAGGUCUGACUCUAUAGAGAACAUUGGGCCAAAUGCACCCAUAUCACCAUCUUUAACAGACACACAACCACCUCCAUCACCAAACAGGUCUGUGAGUGGAAAGAAGCUGUGUUCAAGUUGUGGUCACCCACUUGGCAAAGGUGCCGCAAUGAUUAUUGAGACUCUCAGCCUGUACUUCCACAUCCAGUGCUUUAAGUGUGGAAUCUGUAAGGGCCAGUUGGGUGACACCAGUACAGGAACAGAUGUGCGGAUCAGAAAUGGUCUACUCAACUGCAAUCAGUGCUAUAUCCGCUCCCGCUCUGCUGGUCAGCCCACUACCUUGUGAACUUUCUGAUUUGGGAGCAUAAGAAAUCUACCCAUAAUACGCCCACCUUCAUUACUCACAAUGUUCACUAACAGUAUGUGAACACAAGCACAUUUAAAAUCAAACCACUUCAUCGUCUUCAAGUUGGGUUUUCCUGGGUUUUUCUUUUUCCAAAACUAAAUGUGAGGCUGCCACUAAAAGCAUGUGAUUGUAGUGAAAACCAUGUUACACAUUUUCAAGUUUCUGACUAAACUGACAUUGUAACUAAGCCAGUUUAUCAGCCAAAAAAUAGUGUUUAAUGCAUAUGCAGACAAAUACAAUAUCGUCUACAGUUUUUGGAUGAAAUCCAGUUUAAAUCCUGAUGCUGCAGAAGUAUAUAAUUUAAAAUGCUUUCUUACAUUGCAAAGUAUUCUAUAAUUUCUGUCUCCAUUUAUUCCCCAAAUACAACUAAGCUACGUAAUCUUCCUGACAUUCAAAGUGGAGUUUUAGAUGGAAAAUUCUCAAUGUUUUUACAGUAUUGUAGAUUGAAGAGUUCCUUAUAGGAAUAUUUCGAUGUUAAAGGAACAGUUCACCCAAAAAUGAAAAUUCUCUCAUUCGCUUACCCUGAUGCCAUCCCAGAUGAACACAAAUUUCUUCAGCAGAACACAAAUGAAGAUUUUUUAGAAGAUAGAUUUCUUUCAGGUACUUAUAAUGAAAGUACACGGGUGCCAGCACUUUGACGAUCCAAAAGUUACAUUUAGGAAGCAUAAAAGUAAUCCAUGUGACUCCAGUCGAUCAACAAAUGUCUUCUGAAGUGAAUUAAUAGGUUUAUGUAAGAAACAAGUCGAUAAUUAAAACGUUUUUAACUUUAAAGCGCCACUUACAUCCAAGGCUCUGAUGCAGUUUGAAAUGGCUGAACUGUCACGUGACAUUCGUUCUUCUGUUGUAAAUAAGCACCGCUUCCGAAUUCUCAUGUGAACUUGCGUCACUCUUAGCAUCAGCUGCUGGCAAGAAGCACUUUUUAAAAGUUAAUAACAUUUUAAUUAUCGAUUAAUUGUUUUUUACACAAAUUAUCAUUUUGCUUCGGAAGACGUUCAUUGAUUGACUGAAGUCAUGUGGAUUACAUUUAUGUUGCCUAAAUGUGACUUUUGGAUUGUCAAAGUCACAAAGGCAUCCAUGUACUCGCAUUAUAAGGACCUGACAGAGCUCUAUCUUCUUCUAAAAAUCUUUUAAAGCAACUAAAGUAGUUUAAUUCAUUUUUACAGGCAUUUUAGAGUUUAAUGUGUUACGUUAUCAUCAUAACUUCAAAAUAACUUUACUCUUAAUAUCUUAAAAUCAUGUCAACACAUAUAUUGUUUACCUUAUGUGGCUAUACUUCUUGGACAGUGAGUAUUUUAACGUUUACGGAUUGGCCACAUUCACUCUCAUUGUAAGUUCCUCACUGUAACUGUCAUUUUUGCUUUUUUUUUUUUUAAAGUAUGGACAUGUCAAAAUAAUGUUUGGGGUAAUCAACAUUAUGACAAAUGCUGUUGAUUGAGCUUAACUUGUAUUGAAGCCAGAAUAUUCCUUUAAUUACAAAUGUUCAAGCUGUAACUGACUUAUUUCAUAUUUGCAAGUUCUAUUGUCUUGAUUCAGAAACCAUAACAUGUUAGCAUCCAUAGUGCCUAAAGAUGAACACUAUUUAAUUGUAAGAACACAGUCACUAUAAGACCCAUGAUCAUUGUAUUGGAGAAAAGUAUGUAUUUUUGUACAUAAAAUUUCAAUUUGGGCUGAUAAAACGAAUGCAUGUAACCAGAUUGCUGGUUCAUAUCAAAGCUGCUGCUUCUUUCACACAAAUCGCCAAGUCAUUCAAAGUUAUUUUAUUCUAAAUAGAUGGUUUGGAAUGUUGUUGCACUGAAACAAUGUGCCUUAGGAGAAAUGCAAUGUCUGUACAAGAGACUUAAAGGGAAGUGUUCAUAUUCAAAGACUGUUUCUAUGCUGAUAUGAAAGAACAGAAUAUUUUGGGGCAAGUUUGAUGAUAUGGAACAAGUUGCACCUUGCUCUUUAAAAUCGUGAGCUCUAGCCCUAGGUCCAAUUAUUUCGGUUUUCCCCUUAUCACAGCACAUUGUACAUAAUUUUUCAGAGCAAUUGUAUUAUGCAAGGUUUAUUUGAAAUGUAUGGUCCAUACCACAGUACGUUUCUGAACAUAACAAUUGUUCUUAAAUCCAAAAUUUGGAUUGGCUAAAAAGAGACUUUGCUUGUCAAUGUGUGAACAACCCCCCCCCCCUUUACUGAUUACAAAUGACAAAGCAAUACAAAUGUAUGUUUCUUUUGAAACCCCUAUCAUAACACUCACUGGCUAAAUGUAUCACAUGUUAAAGAGCAGUAGUAAUGAAUGCUAGCUCAUUCGUUAUCUUUACCUGACCAAAAAGGCAUGUGAGGGUUUUUGGUAUAUUAAACUCAUCAUCUUUUUUACUUUUAAAACAGUUUGAUAAUGUGGACUAUUUAACCUUUUUCAUAACUGAUUUAUUUAGCCACUGUUUCUCUGCUUUGGAUCUGGUCAUGUAUUUUAUGUUUAAUUUGACAUAACUUUAGGUUGACACAAGGCCAAGGCAUUCGCCAGGCAAGUUAUAUGUUGUUUAGAAGCUAAAAUAGUUACCUUGGAAAGUAUAUAUUAAAUCGAAGGUAUAUUUAUUGUGUUAUUCAAAUCUACACUAUCCAGAAAUAGAUUAAUUUGAUGUUCAAAUACAACAGCUUUACAGUAUAUUGUAUGUUUCUAAAUAAAAUACUGAAA